AUGUCAUUGCUGUUUUCGGUGGUGGUUGUUGUUGUUGUUGAUGAAGUUGUUGUAAAGGUAAUUGCAGCUGAACUUGGCGUUGAUUUUGCAGCUGUUGAUUUUGGAGCUGCUGAUUUUGGAAUUGUGGUCGUUGAUUAUUUUGAUUCAUGUUUUAAAAAUACUCUAUUAAAAUAG